UUGGACCAGCAAAAGCAAAGCGGGCGAUCACGUACGUACCCCACAAUUCCUCUCGCACAGCCGAAUUUAUUCAAGAACGGUGGGUGACUCGGCAGCCGAGAGUUUUCCCUUUCCCAAUUUCAUCCUCACACACAAUUCCAAAUCCAAAUCCAAAUUCAAUUCCAGAACCGCCCUCUCAAAGCAAACACGCGCACCCCACUUUUCUCCCCUACCUUCAUCCACGUGUUGACGAUUCCUAUAAACUCCUUUCUCCACCUCUCCUUCUCUCACCGCCCCUUCAAGAAUUUUCCCCUAAAUCAACGACCCAUAUUCGAUUUCAGUUGGGAGGAAGCCGAAUAGUUUUUUUUUUUUGAUCCGGAACCCUAAAAUCUUUCGUAGUAUUCUGGUUGCGGUCCGCGGAUAUGGUUGCGGAGGUGGCCGUGCUGGCGCUCCGACUUAAGGACGCAACGAGUUGGUGGGACACAGUGAAUGAGUCGGCCGCUUGGCAGGAUCGUAUAUUUCAUGUUCUCGCCGUGCUUUAUGGGAUCGUUGGCGCUGUUGCCCUUAUACAAUUGGUGAGGAUACAAUUGAGAGUACCGGAGUACGGUUGGACUACCCAGAAAGUAUUCCAUUUCCUCAAUUUCUUGGUCAAUGGAGUUCGUUGCGUAGUGUUUGCAUUCCGUCGGGAUGUUCAAAAGUUGAACCCGCAGAUUGUUCAACAUAUCUUGCUUGAUAUGCCAAGUCUUGCGUUUUUCACGACGUAUGCAUUGCUUGUAUUAUUCUGGGCGGAAAUUUAUUAUCAGGCUCGUGCUGUAUCUACUGAUGGGUUGAGGCCCAGCUUUUACACAAUAAAUGGUGUGGUGUAUGCGAUUCAGAUAACUUUGUGGUUAAUUCUAUGGUGGAAGCCCAUUCAUGUAGUGAUGAUUUUAUCCAAAGUUUUCUUUGCAGGUGUUUCUUUAUUUGCAGCCCUGGGGUUUCUUCUCUAUGGUGGAAGAUUAUUCUUAAUGUUGCAACGAUUCCCUGUGGAGUCAAAAGGACGGCGCAAGAAACUACAGGAGGUUGGCUAUGUGACAACAAUAUGUUUUUCAUGUUUUCUGAUUAGAUGCAUCAUGAUGUGCUUUAAUGCAUUUGAUGCAGCUGCAGAUCUAGAUGUCCUGGAUCAUCCUAUUCUUAAUUUUGUUUACUACCUGCUAGUGGAGAUCCUACCAUCGUCGCUCGUUCUCUUCAUAUUGAGGAAAUUGCCUCCAAAACGCGGGAUAACACAAUAUCAUCCUAUCCGGUGAUGGGAAGCAGAUAAUAAAUCAGGGUAACAACUGGAGGGUUGGGAGGAUGAUGAUGAUGAUGAUGAUGCGAUUAGGUUUCAAGAUAGCUCCUAGCUGAAACUAAGCAGGGGCCGGAACCUUCUCAGUGUAAGGGCGAACCUCCCUGUGAAUGUCGGCUUGCUCUCAAAUGCAGUUUGCACUUCUCCUUUCUUUUCUUCCUUUUUUCUUUCCCUCCCCGGCUAGUUUGAAGUUGUGAAUGUUGAACGUAAAAGUGUAGUUGAAAGUGUAAAAUGCACAUUGUGUCACCUUUUCAAACCAAUUAUUUUCUUUGUAAGAUGUCAGUUUGAGGAGAAAUUAUUGAUGUGAUUUUUUGUGUU